AUGGCUCACAGUAUACUAAGUGAUCUAGAAUAUAGAAACUGGGAUACUGUUCGUCGAGCAAUCCAGAUUACCCGGAACGGCUUAGAAACCGCAACUCAAAAUGCUGCUGACAAGUACCACACAUCACUGCUUGCAAAUUGGCCAAAAAAUGUACCUGCGUGGGAAUCUCGCUUGAAAAAUGCCCACCGAUCACGUGAUAAAAAAAGAAUAUCCUGGAGUAACAGUGACAACACUCAGUGGUUGACUGUUGGUGCCUCGUGGGAGAUUGCUAAGAUUUUCAUGACUCCCUUGGGAUCGAGAAAGCUUGAUGUAGUCAACGCCAAAACUACUGAUAUAUUGGGACUGUUGAAUGUAUUAGAAUGGUCUCCGAGCGGGACAAAUGGUAUGUUCAACACACGUGUUGAUCGAUGGAAAAUAGCAGCUGCAAGACGUGUUAGAAACAAUUGGGCGGGUGCACCGUUGCAGCAUUUAAGUGAUGCUGAUAAAGUCCACGCGUUUGCAUCUUUAACCUCGCUUCUUCAAGACCCAGAACUGAACAGCGACAAAGAUGUCCAAGAUGCUAUCAAGGAGCUUAGUAGUCUACUCAAUACUGGUCGUCAACUUGGUCAGGAUAUCAACAUUAUGUCUCGUCUAGAAAGCCCAGAAUCGUGGAAAUGGGAAAAGAAUUCGAUAAUUCAUCGACAAAAGUUCAUCAAGUUGUUCAAACAUGGACAAGAGCAUCCAGAAGAGAUCCAGGAUAUCGGCGGAAUACGCGUUUGUUGCUCGAAGGAUUUUCUCAUCGGUAGGGGAAGCGACGCCACUCGAGUUUAUAUAGGACUGAGUAAAGAUGGGUAUGAGAGGGCUGUGAAACGUUUUUCCAGAGAUGAUUGCGAUUGCUUAGCUGAACAGGAAAAGAAAGUUUUGAACGAAUUCAACACAAUCGAAUCAAACCAUGUGGUAAAAUAUCGCGGGUUUUUUGACAACAAAAGCGAUAAGGACUGGUUAUAUCUAGUCAUGAACUUAUGCGAGGAAACGUUGAAAGAAUUUAUUGAGCGCAGCAGUCCGGACGAUAUAAAAACAACUGCGCAAACUAUCAUUCAGCAAGUUAUAACAGGGUUAGCUGAUCUCCAUCGUGAUCCAAAGCCCGUUUUGCAUCGUGAUUUGAAACCAUCCAACAUCUUGCGAAACGUCAACGAUAAAUGGUUGCUGGCCGACUUUGGUAUCAGUCUGAUCUUGACGCAAGAUGUAAGUACCUUUCGAAGCAAGGAGAGGGGAACAAAAGAUUGGAAAGCCGCUGAAACGUGUUCUACGAAUGACAUGUCUGAUGAUGAUGACGUGCGUUACAAGAAAAAAUCCGAUAUUCAGGUAUUUUGUGUAAUAAAUAUCAACAUCUCACUCGAUUGAAUUAAUAGUUGAAAGGUCUUGUAGAUUGAAAUUGUACCGAGUGGAAAUUCAUGUACAUUUAUUAGUCCUAACCAGGAACAGCUGCGAAAAAUGCAACUGCAUGUCCCUGGCAGGAAUCGAACCUGUGAUUCCGGUGCAGCGCUCUAACCAACUGAGCUACAGAGUCCAGUUGUCGACCUCUAACUACAAGUUCACGUAUAUAUACUAGGGUACUGCUAUGUUAGGUUAUGGGUAAAUAACCUAACAUGGCAGUACCUCAACCAAUCAGAUUGAAAAGUAGCUCAUAUACGGUAGAUGACUAUACUUUAAAAAAUGAUAACAAUUCAUGAGGAAAAUACAAAAUAAAUAAAUAUUUAAUCAAUGUUUGUAAAUCGGAUAAAGAUUUGUCUGAUUUACAUAAAUGACUUUAAAAUAUUUAAAUUUGUAUAUCUGAUAAAGCACUCCUUCUCGUAUUUUAAACAGUACAUAAAGCCCCGUACAGACGAGCAAGUUUUCCUUGACAAAUUUUCCUUAGUGGCAAGUUUUAUUUACUUGUGUGUAAGGCAAAAAUUAACAAAUUUUUCCAUGCCAAAGAACCUUGUUCCAAAUGUCUGUGGUUUUGGCAAACAAGGGGGGCCUUGACGUGAGAUAAAUGUUUACUAGCAACAUUCCGUGCAUCACAAGCAACAAAACUUGUCAAGGGAAACUUGUUGACCAUUCACACGAGAAAAUAAACUUGCUCGUCUCAGUCGUCUGUGCAAAACAUUAGAUUUGUUCCUGGCAGUACAAGAAUUUCUUUGAAAGGAUUUUCGUAUCUGAGUGCAUGAUUUGUAACAUAUACAAUUUGCCUCUGUCAUUAGGUGGCCGGAAUGGUAGCAUUCUACAUCGUGACACAAGGUGAACAUCCCUUUGGAGAAGAACCUGACCGACAUCGCAACUUACUUAAAGGUAACCCAGUUUAUUUGGACAAGUUGAAGAAAGAUCCUGCUGCAAAAGAUUUGAUAUCCUGGAUGCUGAGCCACGAUCCCAAAGAUAGACCUUCAGCUCAAGAAGCGCUGAAAUACCCUUAUCUACAACCCAAGAAACAGCAGUUUGAAAUGCUCUGCAAAGUGGGAAACCAAAAAGAGAUCAAGACAGGUGAUAUCAAAUCAGAUGUCGUGCGACAGUUGAAUAGCGAUCCCAAAGAUUGGAGAUCUCCAAUGGAUGCCGAUGUUCUGAAGUAUUUAAGCACUAAUCCUUUGAAUGGCUACACAUUUCAUUAUGAGCCGUCGUGGACGGACUGUUUGCGACUUAUCCGAAAUAUCAAGGAGCACUGGCAUGACCGUCCAAUGCCGCAACCCGAAGCAUUCUAUGAAGUGGGUGAUCCCCAAGAGUACUUCCUUAACCUUUUCCCCAAUCUUCCUGUCGAGGUUCACAAAAUUAUCAGGUCAUGUGAUUGGAAAGAACGACCUGACCUUGAGGAGUACUUCAGUUAA